GCGAGAUGUUCCCUGGGCUGCAGGGGUGGGGUGGGCGUGGAGGCAGCUUCUCAAAGGCCGUACCUGUUCUCCCCAACAUCGUGGGCUCCUUAGCUGGGCAAGCAGGAUCCGUGCCUCGAAGGCCGUGCUGCGCACACGGGAGGACUCUGUGACCGGGACUCUGUCUCCCAGAAGCCAGAGGACAGCCUUCCUCGGGACACGUCAUCCAUGCGCAGGGGGGACCCCAACAGAGAGGUGUUUAAAUGCUUUGGUCUCCCCAAGGCGGUCAGCCUACAGCUGGUACUCAAGGCAGACCUCUGCGUUAUGACCUGGCUGCUGGGCUACGUGGACCCCUCGGAUCCCUGCUUUGUGGCUGCCAUCCUCACCAUCACUUUCAACCCGCUCUUCUGGAAUGUGGUUGCAAGAUGGGAACACAGAACGCGCAAGCUGAGCAAGGCCUUCCGAUCCCCCUACCUGGCCUGCUACUCCCUGGGCGCCGCCAUCUUGCUCCUGAACGUCCUGCGCUCACACUGCUUCAUGCAGGCCAUGCUGAGCCAGCCCAAGAUGGAGAGCCUGGAUAACCCCACGGCCUACGGCUUGGGCCUUGCACUCCUGGGAAUAGGCAGCACACUUGUGCUCUCCAGCUUCUUUGCGCUGGGCUUCACCGGGACCUUCCUAGGCGACUACUUUGGGAUCCUCAUGGAGGCCAGAGUGACCACAUUCCCAUUCAACAUCCUGGACAACCCCAUGUACUGGGGCAGCACAGCCAAUUACCUGGGCUGGGCCAUCAUGCACGCCAGCCCCGCCGGCCUGCUGCUGACUGUGGUCGUGGCCCUCAUCUACAUGGUCGCCAUCCAGUACGAGGAGCCCUUCACGGCUCAGAUCUACCAGCAGAAAGCGUCCUCGUCCCACAAGAGGAGCUGACCGGGCCUGUGGCCGCUUCACUGAGGGCCUGCCGCCCCCGGCCUGCCCCGAGUGCUCAGCCCUGCAGCGGGGAGAAGGGCGCCUGGCCACCGCGCCAGUGUUCACGUCUGAUGAGUGCCACGCAGUGCCUUGGAAACCUCUGCCUCGGGGGCCCUGGACAUGCUGUUGUUUGGCCACUGAGCCCCCCUGUCCCACUACCCAGAGCGCGUCCUAACUCACCAAUAAAAGGCACCCUGACGCCAGCA